ACAUCAGCCGGUGCGGACGGGCGACGUGAUGGCGACGCUCAUGGAGCGCCUGGCUUUCCUUCAAAAAGUGCCCACUUUGAUGAAGGCGACGUCAGACGACGACACCCCCUGCCCCGGUUACCUGUUCGAGGAAAUCGGAAAGAUCUCCCAUGAGUCAGCGGGCUGCUGCCAGUGUCUGCUGGAGUACCUGCUGGAGCGGCUGCAGUCGGACUCGUGCCACGUCAAGCUGAAGGCGCUCAAGCUCCUGCAGCACCUGUGCGGCGUCGGCUCGCCUCCCUUCGUCACGGAGCUGCGGCGAAACGCCACCUUCAUCCAGGAAGUGACAGUCUUCAGCGGCCCCCCGGACCCUGUCCAUGGCACCGCGUUGCACCAGAGGGUGCGAGCGGCUGCCCAGGAACUGGCCAGUCAGCUGUUCACAGAUACCAUGUCGCCACUGCCACCGCUGUCCCCAUGUGAGGUCGCUGUGCCCACCGUGGGCAUGGGCUCCGGGUCGGCCGCCCGCUCCGGGAUGCAGGGCUUCGGCUACAGCCCCGGGAAGCAGGCCUCAGGUGGAGGAAUUCUGCACCGGAUCCAGAAGGCCGCCGAGGUGGUGGCGAGCGCCGUGCUGCCCCCGACGGAGCACCCGGGCAUACGUCUCCAUGACAACCGGUACCGGGCGGUGACGGCGCCCUCGGUGGCGGUCGAAGUGGCGGUGCCGGCCUGCUCCUACAGCCUGCCGUCCCACGGGCUGAAAGCAGCUCACAGGUGCCCAGGCGUGGCGGGCGGCGGCUGGGAGGACAGCGACAGCGGCCACAGCUCCCGCGACUCCUCCCAGGAGAACGGCGACAUCAGCCGGGCGUCGGUCGCCGGCAGCAGCAGGUCCGGGACGGGCAGCCGGGAGAGCGGCGACCUGUCGGAGCGGGUGGAGGCCGUGCACCCGGGGGACUGCGGUCAGGAGGUGGCGGUCGUCGGCAGCCUCACCGAGGGCUCCAGAGUCUUCCUGAGCAGGGAGGAGACGCAGCGCUUCCUCAAAGAGUGUGCCAUACUGAACUGCGAGGUGGUGGUGGAGCUGCUGUGUGGUAAACUACAUGAGCCCACACAUACGGUGCAGAUGAGGGCGCUCUGUGCAAUAGCAUCCCUGAUGUCCUCGGACCUGCUGUCUCUGGACCAGAUCUAUGCCAGUACCCACAAGCGCCUGGCUCAGCUGAGCGAGGGGACGCCGGGUCCCGUGGCCGACAAGGCCACAAAGAUCCUCCGGCAGUUUGAGGCUCUGAUGGGCGGGGCCAAACGGCAACCGCCCUCCUGUCACACGGCGCCUGGUCCUUCAGCUCGGGACUCACUCCCCACGCUCCCCGCAGCCUUUCUGCUGCCUGUGGCACCAACGGAAGGAUCCGGUAACGAGAAGGGGGCACCGCGCUCAGACCCGCAGCUCUCGCUGACCCUCGGCCCCGCCUCCACCUCGACGCGGGGGCAGGAUGGUGGGGAUGUGGGCGGCGAAGGUGGGAGAAGAGCCAUCGCAGACCCCUGUCGGGGGUCACAACAGCCUGACAGACGGAUGGAGCCUCAGCCAGAGGCAGGACCAGCACCAGACCCCCCGGGGGGGAAGCUCUCCCUCUUCAGUGGUAUGGACUUGGUGACGAGGGGCAAGCCUGCGCGUCCCCCAGUGGCAACCAGGGGGGGCGCAGAGACUGACAGCUCCAGGCCUGGCAGACAGCAGGUCUCCGCCUUCUCCUUCGUGAGCCUCUGAGUGGCCCGGAGCGCCUGUGUCACACUGCUGGACACGACACGCGGGUAGAUCAGGGUCUCCGUUUUUUUUUUCUUUUAUUUUUCCUGCCUUUUUGCACCGCAGGGAGGACUGGGAUGGGAGACGGCAUGCAGACACAUCUGUCUGCAAAGGCUUACUCACCUGCAGCUCUUUAUGUAUUUUUCCAUGUGGAGUCGGUCGAACCCGGGAUCCUCCGCCUUACGGUGCCAUCGCUGCCGUCCCUAUAAAAAGCUUUGAUUUUUAUCAGGGAAUAAUUGAGGCCCGUUGCGUGAAACCAUCAAGGUUUGAGGGGUUGGCAGGGCUUUGCUCACGGUUGGCUGAUCAGCCUGACGCUGCUGCUCAGAUUCUGACCCGUUGGGGUCAGAGGUCGCGAGGACAACGAGGACCACAGCAGCUGUGCUGAUUGGUCCAAACCGUGAGCCGAGAGGUGGGAGACAGAUCUACGUCACCGUGACGGACAAUCCAGCCGAGCUGCAUCGAGCUCUACGCGUUACGCCCCGAUUCAGGGUGUUUGUGUCAUACGUCGCCGUGGCAAUGUCGAGACUUCCACCAAACCGAGCCCAGUUUCCGUUUUACAGACGCCGCUCUGAGUUGUGCACUUUUCAUUUAUUACAUCUGUCUUCCACUUUUUUCUGGUCUCAUGGUGUGUGUUACAGGUGUGCUUUGGUUGCCUGAGGACAGUCACUAAUGCAUUUUCUCUUCACUGUUACCUUGUCAACAGAAGAUAAUCAGCAGCAGUCACUUUUUGUGCAAUUUUUUUUUAUUUUUUUUUAUAAAUAAGGUAUUAAAUUACUUGCACAGGCAGCGAGUGGCAGGUGGAGCGAAGCAAAGGGGUGGAAAGUGACCUCUCAGGUACUGAAUAAACACUCAGGAGGAAUCCCACUGUGCAAUAACACUAUGCAUGUCUCCAAUAGGAUGGACAGUGUUAUAUUUCAGUAAUCAAUAUAUGGCUUUAAGAGUGCAAACUGUGUGUCUGGUGCGUGUAAAAAUAACACUGAACCGAAUAGGACGGUUAAUGGAGGGAUAAAAAUGCACUUGAAUUAUCAAUUCAUUUACCUGCUGUCUUUAAGGUGAUUUACGGUGUGAUGUUUUGAACACUAAAGUACACCGAUUUACCCAUUUGUACAGCUGGGAAACUUUUACUGUCACUUCAGUGUGAGUG